AUGCAAUCUAACCACAAACAAUACUCAACCACGAAUAAAUUAUUGGAAUUUCGACACCCUGAGUUGCUAAAAAAAGCCAUGACUUUCAAAUAAUACCAUUAAGAGUAUAUGUCAAGAAAUAAAGAUAAUCCUUUAAAAUAAGGCAUCAACGAAAAUUUGAUUGAAUUAGGUUAAGAUCUGAUCGACUUUUAUUACAAUGAUUUCUUUUUUUUUUAAGAUCUACCCAAUAAAACUCAUAAAACAUUCAAAACCUACUCUGAAAUUAGGAGGUUGAAGCAAUUGGUUUUAUCAGAGAAAAAUUUAGCAGAUAUUGCAGUUUAAUUAGGAUUGAAGUCUUAAAUGUUCGUUUCAAUCAACCCUAAUUCAGAUUUAAAAAACAAUUCAAAGAUAUUAGCCUAGACCCUUAAAGCUGUAAUCGGAGCGCAAUAUUUUGAUAAGAAAAAAGAUUUAAACGUAUUAAGAGAUUUAUUACAGGUGCUCUUUCUUGAUUUAAUCAAAAUAUCUCUUGUAAAAAAUAGUCUUUAAAUAGGAUGA